AUUAUAUUCAAUGCAUUAGUAAAAUAGGAGAGUAACUAUCAAGAAGUGUUUGAUAGCCACCCUUCUCUUUCAGAAGCCUUAUUAAAUGUCAAUAAGAGAAGCAGGAACAACAUUGUUUGUGAGGAGAUGAAGCUUGAAAUCUAAAUUGGAUCCUUACACUUGCAGAAUAAAUAUAUAUCUUGGAUUUGGUUUAGGAAAUGGCAUUUCUUGAACUGUUUUUGGUUGCACUAAUGCCUGUUCUCAAAACACUCAUCAUCACCUCCAUCGGCCUUUUUCUCGCUCUCGAGCGCAUCGAUAUCUUGGGAGCAUCUGCCAGGCACAACGUGAACAAUCUGGUGUUUUACGUUUUCACUCCAAUGCUUGUAGCUAGCAGCCUGGCUGAGACCUUAACAGCGACCAGCGUUGUUACCUUAUGGUUCAUGCCCUUAAACACACUCCUGACGUUUAUCAUCGGAUCCGCUCUAGGUUGGGUCCUUGUUAAGGUCACAAGAACUUCUCAAGAGCUUCACGGUCUUGUCAUUAGCUGUUGUGCUGCUGGGAAUUUGGGGUAUUUGAUGCUUAUCAUAAUCCCGGCAGUGUGUGAGGAAAAGAACAGCCCAUUUGGGGAUUCUUCAACCUGUUCUACAAACGGAAAAGCCUAUGCAUCACUUUCCAUGGCGAUAGGAAACAUUUACAUAUGGACAUACAUAUAUAACAUAAUUCGGGCUUCUGGAAAGCCGCGGCGAGAUUCUAGUCAGGACACGUUGAGUUCUAGCUUCUCAGAUAGAUGCAAAGAAAGCUUGCUUUCAAGUCAUAGCUUAAAAUAUUAUCAAGAAGAAGAGGAAGCUCAGCUAGUAUGUGAUCAUCAAGAAGAGCACCAACAAUCCGUAGUGGCGAGGAUCAAACGGAGCGUGAACUUGUGGGUGGAGAAGUUGAACCUAAAAAUGAUGUUUGCACCAUCCACCAUUGCAACAAUUGCUGGAAUAACUAUCGAAGUAGUACCACUAUUACGAAGGUUGAUGAUUGGCAAUAAUGCUCCACUUCGUGCAAUUAAUAGCUCUGCAGCUAUGUUAGGGGAGGUAGCAAUACCAGCUUCGACACUUAUAGUUGGAGCCAAUCUUCUUAGAGGGCUAAAAAAGCAGUCAGUUGGGGUGUGGGUGGUGGUAGGGGUGCAGGUUAUUAGGUUCAUCCUGUUGCCUCUAUGUGGCAUUGCCAUCAUGAAAGCAGCUCGGCAUUUCGGUUUGGUGGGGUCGGAUUCCUUGUUCCAUUUUGUUCUUCUCCUCCAAUAUGCACUUCCUUCUGCUAUGGGGAUUGGAACCAUGACUCAGCUGUUUGAGGUUGGGGAGAGUGAAUGUUCUGUGAUAUUGCUUUGGAACUAUACUCUGGCUUCCUUUGCCCUUACUCUAUGGAGUGCAUAUUACAUGUGGUUUUUGUCUUGAUUUUUUUAAGAAGGAAAAAAUGAUGUUAUUCAGAAUAAUAGGGGGUUUUGUUGACUUUAUUCCAGGAAUGGUUCUUUACUCUUGAUCAUUUUCAGGAUUACAUUGAGCUAUAAAAACAGUAAAAAGUCUUUAAAAAUUGUACCAUUCUGGCAUUCUGAUCAUUCACUUUACUAAAUUACCC